AUGCAGAACUACAGGACUCUAGUUUCUUCAGCUGAGGCUGCGAAGAGGCCUCCGAAGAAUGUUUCAUCGCCGCGCAACGAAGGUGGUCUCAUUUCAAAGAAAUUCGAAGGCUCCUUCAAACGCCGCAUCCAAAUGCGUCCUUCGUUUCCCAGGUACAGCAUCGUGUCUCCAGAUGAGGAGCGGCUGAAGAUCUCCACCCUCGGCCUCCACAACGGCCACGGCUCCGCCUGCCUGCACUCGCCCGUCUCCCCCCGCUUGCUGUCUCCGAGCCCCGGGGCCUCUAGCACUGCAGUCAUGGGCCCCGGCUUCAAUGGGAAGAUCUCCACGUCCGGCAGGAGCCAGCUGCGCAGCCGCUUCGUCAAGAAGAACGGCCAGUGCAACGUGGUGUUCGCCAACAUGGAGGACAAGCCGCGGCGCUACCUGGCAGACCUGUUCACCACCUGUGUGGACAUCCGCUGGCGCUACCUGCUGCUGGUCUUCUGCUCCACAUUCCUGCUGUCCUGGCUCCUGUUCGGCGUCAUUUUCUACAGCGUCUCUCUGGCUCACGGAGACUUCCAGAAAGAGCACGGAAAGCUCUGGAAACCGUGUUUGCUUCAUGUUGAGGGAUUCGUCGGGGCGUUUCUGUUCUCAAUCGAGACUCAGACUACUAUUGGCUAUGGCUGGCGCUGCGUGACCGAGGAGUGUCCUGUAGCGAUAGUGACCGUAGUAGUGCAAUCGAUUGUCGGAUGCAUUAUAGACUCCUUCAUGAUUGGAACCAUCAUGGCUAAAAUGGCACGUCCCAAGAAGAGGAACCAAACUCUGAUGUUUUCCCAAAAUGCGGUGAUCGCGUUACGCGAUGGGAAGCUGUGUUUAAUGUGGCGUGUAGGAAACCUCCGGCGGAGUCACAUCGUAGAAGCCCAUGUGCGAGCGCAGCUCAUCCGGCCAUAUGUGACAGCCGAGGGUGAGUUCAUCCCGCUGGAGCAGACAGACCUGAAUGUGGGCUACGAUGAUGGGACAGACCGCCUGUUCCUGGUGUCUCCGCUGGUGAUCGUGCACGAGAUCGACGAGGACUCUCCGCUGUGGGGAAUGAGCCGCACAGAUCUGGAGUCGGAUGAUUUCGAGAUCGUGGUGAUCCUUGAGGGAAUGGUGGAGGCGACUGCUAUGACCACGCAGGCACGCAGCUCCUACUUGUCCCGCGAGAUCCUAUGGGGGCACCGCUUCGAGCCUGUGAUCUUCGAGGACCGUGACCGCUAUCAGGUCGACUACGCACACUUUCAUAAAACCUACGAGGUUCCCUCGACGCCCAGCUGCAGCGCUAAAGAGCUCCACGAGCUGACCCGCCGGCGGUCCUCGAACUCGUCUCGCUCCGGGACGCCGCAGACUCUGAUGCCGCCGCACUCGCCCAGCGCCUUCUGCUACGAGAAUGAAGUGGCUCUGUGCUGCGGGGAGGAGGACGAGGAGCCGCCGGAGGACCAAAUAAACACCAUUCCCUCAGACUUCCAGAAAAUGCUCCAGGACUCGGCCACUGUGAGCUCCGGCAGUAACGUGCUCUGUGUGUUAGACAUGGACAAUCAGAUUGAGUUCGACAUCCUGCACUCCACCAUACCGCUCGACCCCAUGACAUACAAGAGCGAAUCCGAGAUAUGA